AUGUUGCUGGACCACUACACCUUUGAGCCCACCGGGCCCUUGGAGCUGGACCGCGGGCCCCAGCAAUUGUCCUAUGAUUUCUGGUGGCACAUCGGCCUGGAUACCAUGGUAACCAGCGAAUGGGGCACCCCGGAAAUGUUCGAAAACGGUGCCCGGCUAGACGACAUCGUAGCUCAGAACUACGGGCAUCACAUCAAUUUCUGGGACAUGAGAAAGCGCACCCACCAACAGGCGGUUGACCUGGGAGCGCAGCACCAGAUGGCCCUGGAACUGCGACCGGCUCACAACCCGACUCGCCACUACGGUUUCUGCGGCGUGGUCGUAAGCACGGAAGACCUUUCCGGUUCGAUUUUCCUGUGGCAUCGCGAUGGCGACCAGUGGGCCGCCACCAAGAUAAUCUCCAUCCCCGCCGAGCCGGCAGAUGCGUCGGUUCUGCCGCCGGCCCUGCAACCGCUGGGCGCGGUGCCGCCAUUGAUCACCGAUAUCGAUCUGUCACUCGACGACAAGUUCCUGUAUGUGUCGUGCUGGGGAACAGGCAAGCUGCUCCAGUACGAUGUUUCCGACCCGUUCAAUCCGGUGCAAACCGGCGAAGUGGAGAUGGGCGGCGUGGUACGGAAAGCGGCUCAUCCCACCGGCGCUCCGCUCUCCGGCGGCCCGCAGAUGGUGGAGAUCAGCCGGGACGGACGGCGGGUCUACCUGACCAAUUCGUUGUAUUCCACCUGGGACGACCAGUUCUAUCCGGAUGGCCUCAAUGGAUGGCUGAGCCUCAUUGACGUGAACCCGGAGGGUGGCAUUGCGGUCAACCGGGAAUUCUUUAUCGACUAUGGCAAGUCACGGGCGCACCAGGUGAGGUUGCAGGGCGGCGACGCUUCUUCGGAUACCUUCUGCUUCCCGUAG